GAGUGCAGAAUAGACCUAAUCUGUGUUGAUUAUUUUAUUUUUUGUUUACAUUAAAUACAAAGUUGCAGAUUCGAAAAAAAAAGUAAAUUCUAUUUAUAGAUUUGCAAAAAUAAACCUACAUUUGUUGGGUUAUCAGUAAAAUAAAGUGAGCAUAUUACAACAAAAUAUUAUUUAAAAUGAAAAUUGCAAACAUUUUGGUUAGCUUGUGAUACUCUUAUACAUGUAAUAAUUUCGAUAAUCCUCCGAUUAUCCUCAUCAUAUCAAAACAAUAUAUAUAUAUAUAUUUUGGUGUUAUAAAUCAUUGCAUAACGGUAUUACUGAUAUCGAUUUGCAGUAAUGAAUACUAACGAUGGUGAUGGAGAACCUGAAAUUGGCCAAGACAAUACAGUCCACAUUAUACCGCACGAUCAGGCGUUUUCGUCCGAAGUUGAUUACAGAGGAAGUCCAGCUGACAGCGAUACGCCAGACGAGAGCAGAUCCCUUCUCCAUCCAAACAUGCGAGAGAGAUUGCUAAGAUAUCGUGAUAGAAUCAAAGAUCGAAACCUUAUUGUCGAUUUGCUAGCAUUGACUUUCGCCGUUGGUACAUGGCUUUGUGUUAAUGGAACGUUUCUUCAACUUCCGCUUCUGGUUGACACAGCACCAGAAUCAUGGAGUCUUCCAUCGUAUCUCAGUAUUGUUGUACAGUUGGGAAAUUUUGGACCAUUGAUGUACACCAUCGUUCAAAAAAUCUCACAUGACAAUAUAAACGAAUCAAUAGCAAUCUAUACUUUCAAAAUAGCCGGAACUAUUUCAGCAAUUCUGGCAGCGUUUUUUUACGAUCGCACAGCAGUUAUAGGGGGAAAAGAAUAUAGUGUGGCACUUUAUAUAUUCAUGUUUCUAUUUGCCGUGACAGCAUGCACAAGUUCGGUACUAUUCAUGCCAUAUAUGGGACGGUUUAAAGAAAUUUAUCUAAUCACAUAUCUUUGUGGCGAAGGAGUUAGCGGACUGUUACCUAGUAUUGUAGCUUUGAUUCAAGGAGUUGGAGGAAGCAGUGAAUGUGUUCUACACCAGACUGAGGAAGGACCAGUUUGGGAGAAGUACACCACACCACCACUAUUCGGAACGAGAGUAUUCUACAUAAUUUGUUUUGGAUUAAUGAUAUGCAGUUGCAUUGGUUUCUUACUUUUGGAUCGCUUAAAGUUGGCCAAGAAAGAAUAUGCCAAUGUAACCGUGACAACUGGAAAUAAGUAUACUUAUAAAAAAGAUAAUGGAAGUUCCAAGGUCGUUGAAAAGCUGGUCGAAAUUUCAUCCUUUCAAUACAAAUGCACACUUUUGCUCAUGGGACUGAUAAGCUUUUUUGCCAAUGGCAUGUUCAGUAGCAUUCAAUCAUAUUCCACAAUGCCUUAUGGAAAUGAGGCAUAUCAUUUGACAGCAACUUUAAGUUUAAUAGCGAAUCCUAUAGCUUGUUUUUCGGCUGCCUUUUUGCCUCAUACUAGUUUAAAGGCAAUUCUUUCGUUAACUUCAAUUGCUGUUGUAUGUUCAAUUUACGUCUUUGUGACGGCUUUCAUGAGUCCUAAUCCAUUUUUGGUGGACAGUUCCUGGGGUAGUACACUAGUGGUAACAAUAUGGACAGUUUUGAUAGGAAUAGUAAGCUUCGUCAAAGUUUGCAUAACAACAGUGAUGCGUGCUCAAGGUGGCAAGUCUCUUGUUUGGACUGGAGCUGUUUCUCUAACGGGUUCUGCUGUCGGAUCAGUAUUGAUUUUUGUGCUGAUUAAUUGUACGUCGAUUUUUAAGUCGUACGAUGAGACUUGCGGAUAAAUAUUUUGUUAAUGUUAAGAAUUAGAAGUGUAAUACUUUAAAUAUAUUCAUCUAUUUUAAAGUAAAACAAAUUUAAACAUUAUUUUUUAUACGAUUUAUAUUAAUUGUAAUAUUAAAUUAAGUGGACAAUAUUAAGUUUAAACUUGCAUGAUGUGAUCUAACAUCUAAUACAUUUAAACACACUUAAAUAUUAUAUAUUUUU